GUGUGUGUGUGUAUGUUCAAUCAAAGGCAAGCGGUUUGUUAUUUUAUUAAGAGAACAAGGGUUUGAAAUCGUAUACCUACGUUCCUUUGUGCUGUAGAAUUUCCGUGAAGGAAUGCUAACAGUGUCCAAGUCUCUUGUUCUUCUGUACUAAUGAAGCAUAAUCCUAGUUAAAAUGUGAAAUAUUUAAUAUAAUAUAUUUGUGCCGGCAAAAUGGUGCAAAACUUUAAUUUAUUGUUUCUUUUCGGAUCAUCUUUAAUAAUAAUUGGAUCUUGGGUAACAGCGACGUUUCCUCCAAAGUCUUUUUUGGAAACAGGAACCUGUGCGAUCAAUCAGUUUCAGUGUUUAAGUGGUCAGUGCAUUCCUAUGAGCUGGCAUUGCGACUCCCAUGCAGACUGUGACGAUAGCAGCGAUGAACCCUUGGACUGUCAGCAGAACCAGAACUGCCGUGUGGGACAGUUUCAGUGCAAGCUGACAAAGAAGUGCAUUCCUACGGGAUGGAAAUGUGACGAGGAACAUGACUGUGGAGUGUCGCCAGAUUUGGGCCCCGAUACUUCAGAUGAAGAUCCAAAGAUUUGUCCCAAAGGCAUCAAAUGCGAAUGGAACGAGGCCGCCUGCGGUGAAGGUCUGGCUUGCUUGCCCAUAAAAAAAUUUUGUGAUGGGCAUUUCGACUGUCCUGGUGAAAGCGAUGAAUGGGACUUUUGUCGAAAUAAUACGGGUGGCUGUGAUAGGUUGCAGUGCAGUUCUGAUUGUAAACCUACUCCUCAAGGACCUCAGUGCUAUUGUCCGGAUGGGAAGAAGCCUGAUGGGAAUAAAUGUGUUGAUGCGGAUGAGUGCGAGUUGGAUGGAAGCUGUGCUCAGUUGUGUAUUAAUACAAUAGGAUCUUUCGAAUGCUCCUGCGUCUCUGGAUACCAUCUAAAUGGAACUGAUUGUAUUGCAGUUAAUAUUCCAGCUUCUGAACCCCCAUCUCUGAUAUUCUCCACACAGUCAGAAAUAAGGAGAGUUAGCUUAGAUGGGAAAGCAUUUCCUGGAAAUUCAACAUUACACCUUCUAAAUAGCAACGCUCUGGAAUUCAUACAUCGAAACCAUACUAUUUGUUAUGUUCACCAUAAUGUAUCGAAAGCCACACUUGUCUGUGCAAACAUCAAUGAUUUAAAUCAACGAUGGAAUUUGCAGCCAAUUUCACCUCUUUUAGAAAUUGACUCUAUUCAUCAAAUUGCUCUUGAUUGGAUUACAGAUAAUUGGUAUUUUCUAGAUGACCAAAGGGAAAUAAUUUUGGUUUGUACUUACCACUUAAAAUGGUGCAAUAUUUUGAUAGAAUUUGGUUUGAGCAAACCUAGAUCACUAGCUUUGGAUCCAACGAGUGGAUAUUUAUUUUUUACAAAAUGGGGACAUUCUCAUCCCUUGCUCGUACGAUGCAAAAUGGAUGGAACUGAACGGACACCCAUAGUAGACCACACUAUAGUGUAUCCGUAUGGCGUUACUGUUGAUUAUCCGAAGCAGCAUGUUUACUGGGUCGAUACAUAUUUAGAUUAUGUCGAACGUGUGGAUUACAAUGGGAAAAACAGGAAAACUGUUUUGAGAGGUGUUCAAGUUAGAAAUUUGUAUGGAAUAACUGUCUUUCAGAAUAAACUAUAUGUAUCAUCUUGGUUUGAUCACGUAAUAUUGGAGUUGGAUAAAUAUAACCACAAGGCAAAAACCAUUGUCACAAAUAUAAGCAGACCUUUUAAUUUACACGUGUUUCAUAGGCAGAGACAACCUGACGUUGCUCAUCCUUGUAAGUCAUCUAAAGAGUGUGAUCAUCUAUGUAUACCUGUAUGGAAUAAGAACAUAGCAAUUCAAACAUGUAUAUGUGCUUCUGGUUAUGUACUUGUAGCUAAUAAAUGUGAAAUAAGAACACCCUCUAGUUUCUUACUAGUAGCCAAAAGCAAUCCAUUUUCAAUCAAAGGGAUAGACUUAAAAACUGGUAGCGACACAAUUGUUCCUAUAACUAAAAUAGGAAAGCCUACUGUGAUAGAAUUCGAUGCAAAAGCUGGAUCAAUUUUCUAUUCCAAUGGACUAAGUAAUUCGAUUGAAAUGGUAUCAGUCAAUGACACUUCUAAGCCUACCAUUCUAGUGAAAAAUGUAGAUUGUUAUGGACUAGCAUUUGAUUGGAUCUCGAGAAAUUUGUACUGGUCUAAUUCCGAAAAGGGAUCUAUAAGUGUCAUAAAAUUAUCGAAUACGUCGAUAUCGAGGACAUUAUUUCAAAGUCUUUCUUUCCAUCCUACAUCGAUUGUAGUAGAUCCUUUUAGAGGGAAAAUGUAUUGGGCUCAUUGGGAGAGUAGAUCUCCAGAAACAGGAAAAAUUUACUCCACUGAAAUGGAUGGAUCACACAUUAUGACAUUUGUAAAUACUGAUAUCCAUUUGCCAAGCGGUUUAGCUAUUGAUUAUGAAGAAAAAAGGCUGUAUUGGUCAGACAACUAUCUGAAGAAGAUACUGAGUGUUGAUUUUACAGGGGGUAAUAGGCGAACUGAAAUUGAACACAGUCUCUUUUCGUCUUUUGGCCUUGCAUUGGGUCCACAAAAAAGUAUUUACUUUAUAGAAAUGUCUGAGGGUACUGUCGUUGUAUAUAAUAAUAAAACUGGACCAAAGAAAGUUUAUGAAGGAAGUUUACCUAUAUAUGACAUAAAAUUGUUUGAUGCAGAAUCACAAAAAGGGGAUAAUAACUGCUCUCGUAUGUCAUGCUCCGAAUUUUGUUUUCCUAGAGCAAAUGGAGCAGUGUGCUCGUGCUCCGACGGUUAUCGCAUUGAAAACAAUACUUGUGUCAAACAAGCAAACUAUACCUCCCACAUUGCAUUCUGUCUACCAGAAGCUUUUCAGUGUCGAUACAAUAUGCGCUGCAUACCCAAUGCCUAUUUAUGUGAUGGUGUUGAUAAUUGUGAAGAUGGCUCAGACGAAUCCUCUGAACCUGGUGGACCCUGUGAGCAUGUGUCAUGUGGAGAGAAUCAGUUGAAGUGCGAUAAAACUACUUGUAUCGCUAAACACUGGGUGUGUGAUGGGGAAAAGGAUUGUUUAGACGGAACAGAUGAAGAUCCUACUAUGUGUUCCAAAGUCUGUACUGCAACACAGUUCAAAUGUAAAAAGUCUGGGAGAUGUAUACCGAUAGUAUGGCGAUGUGACAAUGUUAGUGAUUGUGGGCCUGAUGAUGACAGCGAUGAGAAAGAUUGUAAAAUUUCAUCGUGUGACGUAAAUGAAUUCACAUGCAAAAAUGGUCAAUGCAUAACUGUUGGAUUCUAUUGUGAUUCAAUCAAAGACUGUGAUGAUGGAUCGGAUGAACUGAACUGUCUGUCAUGUCCAACGCCUGGUGAAAUUCCAUGCAAGCCACUUAAUAAAUGCCUCCCAAUGCCUGCAGUUUGUGAUGGUUCCAUGGAUUGCCCUGACGGAUCAGAUGAAAAUGACUGUGGCACUAAAGUUAAUUGUGAACCUGAUGAGUUUACCUGUAGCAAUUAUGAAUGUAUACCAAAGGUGUUCCAUUGCGAUGCUGACUUAGACUGUGUGGAUGGCUCAGAUGAAAUGAAAUGUGACCCGAUCAAAAUUAAAAAUGCCACAGAAUUAAACAUACCUAUCUUAAAUUGCAAUUCGCCUUUCAAGUUAUGUGACAACAAUACGAAGUGCAUUACCCCAUCUCAGCUAUGCGACAACAGACAAGAUUGUGAUGACGGAACGGACGAAGGAGGCCAGAAAUGUGGAGAUUUGAUUUUCAAUUCUACUAGAGCAAAAUUUCCCAUUGUGUCUGCGACCUGUGAAUACCCCAGUAGAUUGUGUGAUAACAACACAAAAUGUAUCUCUGUAGGCCAAUUGUGUGACGAACAACCUGACUGUGAAGAUCAAUCUGACGAGGGCAUGAGGUGCGGUGACAUGUUAUGCGAGCACAGCUUUGCAUGUUCUCAUGACUGCCACAAUGCCCCUGAAGGACUCAUAUGUUCCUGCCCACCUCAUCUGCACUUACAGGCAGACCGGGCCCAUUGUUUAGAAACACACCCUUGUGAGGCAUGGGGAGUUUGCUCGCAGAUAUGUAUUCCUCGUGGUUCACGGUACAAAUGCACUUGUAUUGAUGGGUACGUGAUGCAAGAAGAUGGUUUUACAUGUAAAAGUGUUGAUAGUGGAAGGCCUUAUGUGAUAUUUAGCAACAGGCAUGAAUUGAGGGGAGUUGACUUGCAUACUUUUAGUAUAAAGUCUUUUAUAUCUAACCUGAAAAAUACCAUUGCCCUUGAUUUUCACCACACUAAUGAGACUGAUAUGGUGUUUUGGACUGAUGUUAUAGACGAUAAAAUAUACAGAGGCACCGUUAUUGGUGGAUCUCUAAGCAACAUUGAAGUUGUGGUACAGACAGGUUUAUCUACUGCGGAAGGUUUAGCGGUAGAUUGGAUUGGAGAAAAUUUAUACUGGGUUGAAAGCAAUUUAGAUCAGAUUGAAGUGGCCAAGCUUAAUGGCAGUUAUAGGCGUACUUUAGUAGCUGGUGAAAUGGAGAGCCCUAGAGCCAUAGCUGUAGACCCUAGAGAUGGACAUUUGUUCUGGACAGACUGGGAUAAUUCGCUACCCAGAAUAGAAAGGUGUUCUCUAGCGGGAUUGAAUCGGCAAAUCGUGGUUAAGGUUGUAAAUGGUGGCUGGCCUAACGGUCUUACUUUAGAUUAUACCAUGAGGAGGAUUUAUUGGAUAGAUGCACGCUCUGAUUCGAUACACACAAGCGAUUAUAAUGGAGGUGAUUUGCAUGAGGUUAUUCGCAACCAUGAAACAUUGUCGCAUCCCUUCGCAAUUACUCUAUUUGAAAAUUAUAUUUACUGGACGGAUUGGAGAUCAAAUAGCGUUGUGCGGGCUAACAAAUGGACAGGAGGCGAUAUUAGAGUUAUACAGAGGACAUUGACACAACCAUUUGAUAUUAAGAUAAUGCAUCCAAGCCGACAACCUCGUGACGGAGUUAACCCAUGUGGCAAAAAUAAUGGGGACUGUUCGCAUUUGUGUCUGAUACAUCUUAAUCAGUCGUACAGGUGCGAUUGUCCUCAUGUUAUGCGGCUUAGUGAAGACAACAGAACUUGUGUAGUGAAUGAAAAGGUGUUGUUAAUUUCAAGAAGUAGUGAAAUUCGUGGAGUGGACCUAGAACAACCCUAUUAUCAUACUAUACCGACAAUAAGUGUGCCACAAGUAAUAAGUCCCAUACAUUUGGAGUAUGUAUCACACAAUAGCACUAUAUAUUGGGUGGAUACUCACAUAAAUGAAGUAAAACGUACAGGCUUAAUUCAGGGUCCAACAGAAACACUCAUAGACACAGGUCUGGACAAUCCGUCCGGCUUAGCAGUGGACUGGAUAUCUAAUUUGCUCUUCGUCGCUUCCAAAAUGGGAAUAAUCGUGUGCAAUUUAGAUGGAGAAUUCACCACUAAUAUCCUUCAAAACGUGAUUAUUUUGUCUAUUGCUGUUAAUCCAUUACAAGGCAGUUUAUAUUGGAUAUCACUUAAUAAUGAGACAGCUCUAGUCGAAACAAGUGCUAUGGAUGGAAGUUCCAGGAAAACUAUUGUUGAUGCUCUUGCUUCAAAUUCUUCUAAAUGUUUAACUGUUGAUCUAGAUUCUGAGCGGUUAUAUUGGAUUAGUGGAUAUGAAGUAUUUUACUGCAAUUUUGAUGGUAGUAAUGUUACAAAAUUAAAAUUGCCCCCACAUGUAUCUUCCAUAACCGUAUAUCAGGGUAAAAUAUAUUAUUCCAACGAUGGUGAUCAUACCAUCCACUUAGCUGAUAAAAGUACAGGAUUAAAUGACACUUUAUUGCGCAAUAAUACGGAUAGUGUACUAGCUUUACGAGUUUAUGAUCCAUUAGAGCAGCGAGGCGAUCACAUUUGCAAUAGUAAUAAGUCAAUAUGCCAACAUCUAUGCAUUCCCAUAUCGGAUAAAAAUUUCACCUGCAAGUGUGCUAUUGGUUAUAAAGAAGACUCCCAAGACCCAUCUAAGUGUACUGGAAUUGAAGAAUUUCUGUUUUACUCCAACAACUGGGAACUACAUGGUUUGGCAUUAGAUGGUACAAACGAUACUCAAGUUUUGGGCCCUAUAUCUAAAGUGUCAAGUGCUAAUGCAAUCGAUUUUGUAGCUGCUGAAGAUUUAAUAUUCUGGGCAGAUACCGACAGGGGUACAGUUGCAAGAAUAAAGAGAGAUGGUACCGGAAGAAAGUUUGUUCUCGAACAAACCGAGAUGAUGGAAAAUGUUCCCAUUGAUUGGUUGACCAGCUUAGCUGUGGACUGGAUAGCAGGAAACAUGUAUUGGUGCGAUUCAAAACGAGGUACAAUAGAAGUAUCACGAUUAGACGGCACAAAAGAACAUGUACUGUUAUCAAAUGAAAUUGGUAAACCAAAUUCUAUAGCCUUAGAUCCAGUUAGGGGAUACAUGGUGUGGACUACUGGCAGGAAGUUAGAAAUUGCUACUCUAGAUGGCCAAAAUAGAAAAUUGUUAUUGGAUAAUCAAGUGUCUAUUAGUGAUGUAACCUUCGACUCCAAAAAUGAAGUGAUCUAUUUCUGUGAUUUUGGGGCUAAUACUAUUGAAAGUAUUACAUAUGAUGGCAAAAAGCAUACCGUUUUACUAAACUUUUCUUUGGAGAACCCAGUAGCAUUGACAGUAUUUGACGAUAAGCUGUUCUGGAUAGAUAUCUCACAUAGCAGAGGCAGCGUAAAAAUGGCCCCCACAUCCAAUUUGUCUCGCUUUGUCAUACUAAAAGACAAUUUGGGCGAUUCAUUGAAAGAUAUUCAAAUAUUCUCAAAACAUAAGCAAUAUGGUACGAACCCUUGUGGUAAGGAUAACGGUGGAUGUGAACAAUUAUGCCUAUUUAACAGUACCCACCCCGUGUGUGUCUGUUCACACGGUCGUAUCGCAUUAGAUGGGAAAACUUGUGAACCAUUUGAAAGUUUUGUCAUGUUCUCUCGUGUGGUCAGUAUCGAUUCCAUACAGAUGAUUGGUGACAAGAAUUUACAAAAUUCACCUCAGCCUAGUAUUAAAAACUCUACUUUACUGAAGAAUGCUAUAGGUCUGUCUUUCAGCUACAAAUAUCAAAGACUUUUUUAUUCUGAUAUUCAGAAAGGUUCUAUUAAUACUGCAUUCUUUAACGGCACUGAUCAUAAGAUCAUUGUUGAAAGGCAAGGGUCUGUAGAAGGUUUAGCAUAUGAACAACUAGGCAAUGCUUUAUACUGGACUUGCAACAAUGAAGCAUCAAUUAAUCGUGUAAAUUUAACACACACAAUGUCUAAUGCCAGUCAUGUCGAAACAAUAGUGCGUUUACGACUACAAGACAAACCAAGAGGAAUCGCUGUGGAUAGUUGUGGAAGUCGAGUUUACUGGAGUAAUUGGAAUUCUCAUCAGCCUAGCAUUGAACGGGCAUUUUUAACUGGCUACAGACGAGAAUCCAUAAUAAAAACAAACAUACGAAUGCCAAAUGCUAUAACUCUUGAUCACAAAGCACAGAAACUUUAUUGGGGAGAUGCAAGACUAGAUAAGAUAGAAAGAUGUGAAUAUGAUGGCUCAAAUAGAGUAGUUCUGGCCAAGGUAACUCCUCAGCACCCAUUUGCCUUAGCAGUGUACGGAGACUUCAUUUAUUGGACAGAUUGGAUGCUGCAUGCAGUAAUAAGAGCUGAUAAAUAUACAGGCCAGUAUGUCGUUCUCUUGAGGAGAGAUGUUGCUAGACCAAUGGGGAUCGUUACGAUAGCUAAUGAUACAGAAGAUUGCUUCUCUAAUCCUUGUUUAAUACAGAAUGGAGGAUGUGAGGAGAUUUGCAAAUUAUCAUCAUCGGGUGCUGUAGAAUGCGCUUGUUUGGAAGGUCGUGUGUUGACUGACGAUGGACAAUGUAUUUCUAAAAUAUUUACUAACUGUACCAACAACGGAGACUCUUUCCGAUGUUCAGACGGCGGAUGUGUACCAUUCCAUCUCACUUGUGACGGUAUACCAAAUUGUGCAGAUCGAUCAGAUGAGGAACCAGGUUAUUGUGGGUAUCGUACCUGUCCGUUAGGCUGGUUCCCUUGUCAGAACAAGAUGUGCAUCUCGUUAAAUUUGACUUGUAAUGGUGUAGACGAUUGCGGUGAUUCAACCGAUGAACUCAAUUGCUCCUGUACAGAAGUGGGUCGUUUCCUUUGCGGUAGUGGCGAGUGUAUAGACAAGAUUCAUAGAUGUGAUUAUGAUCCUGAUUGUCAUGAUAGAUCUGAUGAAAUUGGCUGUGAAAAACCCAACUGUACUUUGUUGCAUGGAAAAGACUUUGUAAACUGUAAAUACACCACAGCUUGCUUGCAUAAAGAUUGGUUUUGCGAUUCAGAUGAUGAUUGUUGGGACAAUUGGGAUGAAUCUAACUGUACUCAUGUUGAAAAACCUUGUCCCAUAGAUUAUUUCCAGUGCUCUAAUGGAUUAUGCAUAAAUAUAACCGCUCGCUGUAAUGGCUAUAAUGAUUGCAAUGAUACAAAGGUUGGAAGUACACUUAGCUCUGAUGAAUUGAAUUGUAAAUCAAGAAAUAAAUGCCGCAGUAAUGAAUUUCUCUGUGAAAAUGACUCAACUUGUAUACCUCUAGCUUGGCACUGUAAUGGAGUUUUUGAUUGUGAAGAUCAAAGUGACGAAUUAAAUUGUAACCUUCAGUGCCGUACCGAUCAAUUUCAAUGUUCAAACACCGAAUGCAUACCAAAGUCCUGGCAAUGUGAUGGCAAUCCGGAUUGUGCCGACUUUUCUGAUGAGACAGAACAUUGCUCUUUGAAUGAAUGCGGUAAAUGGGAGUUCCGCUGUAAUAGUACUGGUCGAUGUAUUCCUUUAACAUGGGUGUGUGAUGGAGAAGCAGAUUGUCAAGACAACGCUGAUGAAGACCUUCUCCAAGGCUGCACACUUAAUAUAUGCACAGAUGAACAAUUUCGGUGCAAUGACGGAGGCUGUAUCCAUAAAGUAUAUUUAUGUGAUGGGGAUAGAGAUUGCCGGGAUGGCUCUGAUGAGUCAGCCGAUUGUUAUAAGACUUGCAUAGCUGGGGAAUUCCAAUGUAAGAACGGUAAUUGCAUUAUGGAACUUAUGAAAUGCGAUGGAAAAGAUGAUUGCGGUGACGGAAGUGAUGAAGGGGAGCAGUGCCAAAGAGAAAAAGAGUAUUGUAAAGACGAAGGCCAGUUUCUUUGUUCAAAUGGUGUUUGUAUAAAUGAUACCCUUCUGUGUGAUGGCGAGGAUAAUUGUGGUGAUUAUUCCGAUGAAAACAAAUGCAAUAUCGAUGAGUGUGCUGCCACUCCAUCCCCUUGUUCUCAGAUCUGUGUAGACAAACCAGUGGGUUAUGUGUGUCAAUGUAACCCAGGCUUUAAAGUGAGUUCCAAAGAUCCAAAUCAUUGUGAAGACAUUAACGAAUGUCUGGACAAGCCUUGCAGUCAGAUUUGUCGCAACACCAGGGGUUCAUAUCACUGUAGUUGUCAAAAAGACUACAUAUUACAUUCUGACAAAAAAUCAUGCCGAGCCAAUUCAACAGAUAGAGUUACACUGAUUUUAGCUAAUAGGUAUUACAUACGAGAGCUUGACUUGAGAGGACAUAGUACUUUGAGAGCUCAUAAUCUUACCAAUGCAGUAGCACUUGAUUACGAUUGGGUAACUCAAUGUAUUUAUUGGUCUGAUGUAACACAACUCGGAUCCUCUAUUAAGAGACUUUGUGAUUAUAAGAAUAACUCGACGGAAAUGGAAAUAUUACAUCAACCGUCUUUGCAAAAUCCGGACGGUUUAGCUGUGGAUUGGAUUGGUAGAAACUUGUAUUGGUGCGAUAAAGGAUUAGAUACAAUUGAAGUAUCAAGUCUAGAUGGCAAGUACCGCCGUGUUUUGCAUAACAAAGAUUUGGAGGAACCACGAGCUAUAGUUUUGGACCCGGUACAUGGUUAUAUGUACUGGUCAGAUUGGGGCACACGUGUUCAUAUCGGAAAAGCAGGCAUGGAUGCAUCCAAUCCAAGAGUUAUAGUUAGUUCAAAUCUAGGCUGGCCAAAUGCGCUUACAAUUUCUUAUGAAACUAAUGAACUUUUCUGGGCAGAUGCAAGAGAAGAUUACAUAGCAGUCGCAGAUUUAGAUGGAAACAAUGUCCGUAUUGUGGCAAGUAGGGAAAAGAAUCCGAAGUUGCAGUUGCACCACGUCUUUGCUAUAGACAUUUGGGAAGAUUAUAUCUACUGGACGGAUUGGGAAACUAAGACAGUGGAAAGAUGUAACAAGUACACGGGGGAAGACUGUAAAUCUGUUUUGUCGACCGUUCAUCGGCCUAUGGACAUAAGAGUAGUUCAUCCUUUCAGGCAGCCACAACCCAAAAAAAAUCCUUGCUUAAAUGCAAACUGUUCAGCUCUGUGUCUGUUAACACCCAACGAACCAUUUUACACUUGCGCUUGCCCAGAAAAUUAUAUCCUUGGAGAAGAUGGUCACAGUUGCGUGGCAAAUUGCACCUCUGCCUUCUUCGAGUGCAAAACUACAUAUAAAUGCAUUCCGUUUUGGUGGAAAUGUGACACACAAGAUGAUUGUGGUGAUGGUAGUGACGAACCUGAGGAUUGCCGAAAAUUUACUUGCAUGCCAGGACAAUACCAGUGUCACAAUAAUCAGUGCAUACAUCCUUCAGAUCUAUGUAAUGGUAAAAAUGAUUGUGGUGAUUCUUCAGAUGAAAGUGACUGUGAACAUUAUACUUGCCUAAACACGCAGUUCAGAUGUGAAGGUAAUGGUACUGUCACUCCAAGAUGUAUUCCAUCGAAACUGAGAUGCAACAAGCAGACAGACUGUCCCUUAGGUGAAGAUGAAAUGAACUGCCCCCCAGUUACAUGCCCAACGAAUCAAUUCAAAUGCAACAACGACAAAUGUAUACCUUCAGUUUGGGUAUGUGAUAAAGACAACGACUGUUCUGAUAACUCCGACGAAGAACAGGACUGUGAGAAUAGAACGUGUGGCGUUCAACAUUUUCGUUGUAAUUCAGGAAGGUGCAUUCCUCACUCGUGGGUUUGUGACGGUGAUCCUGAUUGCUUAUCAGGUGAAGAUGAACCUAAAACCUGCAGCCAUCCGGAUUAUCAUACUUGUGAACCUAGCUAUUUUAAGUGCAGGAAUAACAGGUGCAUACCAGGCAGGUGGAGAUGUGAUUAUGAGAGUGACUGUGGUGACGGUUCAGAUGAGGUUGAUUGCGUUCCAAGGAAUUGUUCCGAAUCAGAAUUUAGGUGUGGUAAUGGAAAGUGUAUUCGAGGAGGCAUGAAGUGCGAUGGGGAGUUUCAGUGCGAGGAUCGAUCGGAUGAAGCAGAUUGCAUCGUGACCUGCAAAAAGAGCGAGUUUCAGUGUGCAAAUCCUAAGAUCUGCAUAUUCUUGGCAUGGAAAUGUGAUGGUGAGGUAGACUGUGCCGAUGGAUCUGACGAAGCAAAUUGCACCGAAAUAUGUCCACAGAAUGGAUUCAAAUGCCAUAAUGGAUACUGCAUCAAUGAACAGUGGCGAUGUGAUGGCCAAAAUGACUGUGAGGAUGGUUCUGAUGAAGUUAACUGUUUUUCAGUUGCUUGUCCGCUAGGAAGAUUUAGAUGUAAGAAUCAUAAAUGUAUUCCUAUGAGUGCCCUUUGUGACGGUCAUCGUCAGUGUACUGACGGCAGCGAUGAAGACAAACAUAUCUGCAAGAGGUAUGGUUUGUGUCCAUAUAACCAAUUUUCUUGUAAAAAUGGCCGCUGCAUAGAUAGCUCCUUAAAAUGCAAUGGCUUCAAUGAUUGCGAAGAUAAUACCGAUGAGAAUGAUUGUAAUACUUCGGCCUGUCAAUGGAAUACAUGUACUCAAAUCUGCGUCGAAGUAAGACAAAAUCAAACAAGUUGUAAAUGUGCUGAAGGAUACAGACAUAUUGGCGAAGGACAAUGUAAAGCUGAAGGUGAUGCAGCGGAAUUGGUUUUAGCAGCUGAAGCAGAACUCAGAUUAAUGUCUCCAUACAAGUCUGGGGAUGAUGACAAUAAGGUUAGAAAAACCCUGGCACGUGCACCAGGUUACAAAGUUGAUGCUGUAGAUAUUUUAUCCGGGAAGAGGCAAGCUGAAGCUUUUUGGACCGAUCACCAAAAUAAAAGAGUUCAGUCCAUGGUCAUUCAUGUGGACAAAGAUGGACGAUCUAAUAGAGACGCAGACAUCGCCAAAACAAUCCUUUCUAAUUUACGAGAUCCAAGAGGAGUUAGCAUUGAUUGGGUGGCAAAAAGAAUUUAUGUGACGGACGGAAAUAGAUUGCUCGCUUCCACUAUGGAUGGCCGUUAUGUUUACACUCUAAUAAGUACUAAUGUACAACAACCAAGAGAUAUCGUUGUGGCACCUGCUCAAGGGCUCAUGUUUUGGGCAGAUUUGGGUCCUGCCCCCAGGAUCGAGACUGCAUAUAUGGAUGGCUAUAAAAGGAAAGUUCUAAUUAGCAGUGGGAUACUCUUCCCUACAGGUUUAGCCAUUGACUACCCGACUAGCAGAUUGUACUGGGCUGAUCCUAAAACCAUGACAAUCGAAUGUGUUCUACUAAAUGGGUCUGAUAGACGAAUUAUAAGGCAUUUUGAAAAAGAUAUAAAACCGUAUAAAAUAGAGGUAUUUGAAGAUAAUAUUUUCUUCUCAACAUAUCUCAAGCAUGACAUCAUUCGACUCAAUAAAUUUGGAAAUGGCGAUAUUAAGUAUUUGGCACAAAGUUUAACAAAAAUCUCGGACAUACUAGUGUUACAUGAAAAGAAACAGUUAAACAUCAACAAUACUUGUGACGAUUUUUGUAAUAACAGUGAAUUUUGCUUAUUAACACCGAAAACAGCAACAUGUACAUGUGCUGAUGGCUUUAUGAAGGAUAAGCUGACCUGCAAAGCAGCUUCAAAUAAAACGAUGGGUUGUACAUUAAACUGCAAUACAGGAUCGUGUGCAAUAAUUCAGGGUCAAGGACCUAAAUGUAUUUGUCCUCCAGCAUACACCGGUUCUCGCUGUGAGCAGUAUCGUUGCUCCCAAUACUGUAAGAAUCACGGCAUGUGCUACAUAGACAUCCAUGCCAGUAAAUUGCCAGAUGCUCAACCACCCCUGAAAUGUGUUUGUCCUCCACAGUUUACAGGAGAACGAUGUGAAACUCCCUUCGAUAUGUGUGAAAAUCGGUGUUAUAAUGGAGGCUCGUGUAAGAUAUUGGCAAACGGUAUGCCUCACUGUUUCUGUCAACCUAUGUACAAAGGAGUGAGAUGUCAGAAUUGCUUCAAGUUGCAAUGUGAAAAUGGUGGAGUAUGUUCUCUUGAGCCGUCUCUUAACGGCUUUAAGGAAAUGUGUUCUUGUCCUUUGGGAUACAAAGGAUCUAGUUGUGAAAUUUCACCUUGUGGAAAAUAUGGAAAACCUAUUUUUGCAGAUAAUAAUUUUAGGUGUGCAUGUUUGCCAGGUUAUUCCGGAGAUAAAUGUGAACGAGAUAUGUGUUGGCAACACUGUCAGAAUGGAGGCACUUGUGUUGUUGGAAUAAAACAACCGGAAUGCAUAUGUCCUAAAAAUUUUUCUGGUAGACGGUGUGAGAACUAUCCGAACAAAACUAAAUGCUCUUGUCAAAAUGGGGGAGACUGCGUAGUAGUGAAUGAAAAGACUGUCUGUAAAUGUCCAGAUCAGUGGGGUGGAUAUAACUGUGAGAAAAGUAUUAGAAAUUCCAAUCCUUGCAAAAAUUUGUGCCAAAAUGGUGGGGUAUGUGUCUUACCAUCCGUAGAAAAAGAUCCCAUUUGUUAUUGUCGGGACUCUUGGACAGGUGCAACGUGUAAUCAGCCAGCAAGUUGCAGGAAUUUUUGUAAAAAUGGCGGCAUUUGUGCUGUUAGCGAUGGAAUACCUUAUUGUCAGUGUCCUGAAGAUUACGAAGGUAACAAAUGUGAGCAGUUCAGAAAAUUUGAAAUUCACGAACUCAAAAAGGAGCCAAGUAGAAGUAUGUUGAUUCCUAUUUUGUCGGCGGUUGCAGUUAUUCUAACUGUGUUGAUUGUUGGAUAUUUCUUAUUCGAUUACUUCCUUAGAAGGCGCGCGACAUUUUCACAUGAAAGGUUGCACGAAAACGAUUUUAAUAACCCCAUUUACCAGGAAAGAGAUGCAGAACCCUUUACUUUAGACACUGAUAAGUCAGGAACUUUUGCUAAUCCAGUCUAUGAAUCAGUAUACAACGCUGCUGGAAGUGGGAAAGACGAAAAAGCUGUUCUUCUAGAACACAGUGCAGACGAUCCUCCACCUCCAGCAAUAGAAGAAACUUAGUUUUAUUAAAUUGUUAUAAUUUUAUCAAUUAAUGUACGAUACACACAUGGGAAGAAAAUGGUCCUAUGAUUUCCAUUAAAAAAAGUUUCAAACUACAUCACUUUUUAAAAUUUAAUUUAAGGUCUGUGAGUGAACCGUACAAGUAUAAAAACCAGGGGCAGAUUCAGGCCCCACUACUUAACAUAUGCAUAUCGAGGGGGUAACGACGUUACCAAAAAAUUUACAUUUAUUGCAGAUAUCCCGUGAUUUCCGAGGUUUUUGCUGCAAUCACUAAAAUUGCCAGCAAUUGCUUUAAAAUGAUUGCAAAUAGGUUUUUUAUAGAAACCCCUAUUUUUUUUUGUUUCGUAUAAAUUUUAUUUUUAUUUUUUUUAAAUAAUUGACAAUAAAUUCAUGCCAUCCUGUACACAUGAUAUUUAGUUAAACAAUUCAUAACAGGAAUAAAAAAUUGACAAGUCAGAGCGUUUUUCUAAGAAAAAAAAUGUAUAUGUAUGUCCUAGUAUAUGUACACACAGUGUGUUCAAAUUUAAUCCGGGACACUCUUGUAAAAUUUUACCGAACUGAAUGAUUUCAGUUAAUUAUUUAUUUUUUUUAUAGAACUCCCUUAUGUGUUUAGCGAAUGUGUUGUACUAUGAUUUUUGUUCCAAGUCACUUUUCGAGUAAUCAUAUUAGCUAUUUUUUUUAUCAAAAAUCUGAUAAUGUAGCAUUGUUUCACAUUCUCUAAAACCCGAAAACUCAAACGAUAUCCUACAAAAUAUACAUGUUUUGCGGCGAGUUAUUUCCCUCUCGAUUUGUACAAAGAAAUGAAACACUAAAUAUCCUAAAUACUAAUGAACAUAAAUAAUAAUACCUUUUAAUUGGCAAAGGACCCCUCAACUAUCCUUAUGGAAAACCGGUCCCGGUUGAAUUGUACGAAACCUUGUUGAAUCAUAGUCCUCAAUGUGUCGAUCAAAAAAGUCCAUGGGACCUAGGUCUGAAAAACUACUGUUCUGAAGUUUUCGAAUUCACGUGCUCAAUCACUACGAGCAAGUAACCAAGCUGGCUGUUUCUUGAUGUAUUUUCGUGUGCCGAAUGCGGAUCCGUGGUCAAAUUAGCUGUAUCAUCCUUCAGUCUUCAGAAAAUUGGUGACGCACCUACUGAAGAAUGGCGAUAGUGACACGUAUUGCUUGAGCGACAUCUUAUGUUUUUACGCAUGCUGAUCACUUAUCCGUCAUCAGCAUAUUUGCAGCAUUCCUCAGUCUUCAGAAAAUAGCUGAAGCACCUUCAGAAAAUUUGACUGAUCAUCAAGCACGUGGAUUCGAGAACUUCAGAAAGCUGUAGCUUCAGAACAGUAAUUUUUCAGACCUAGGUUCCAUGGACUUUUUUGAUCAACACAUUGAGGACUAUCAUUCGGCAAAGUUUCGUACCUUUCGACUGGGACCGGUUUUCCAUAAGGAUAGUUGAGGGGUCCUUUUGUAAUAUUUAAAACAAAAAUGGAAUAAACAUUCUAGAUUUACAGAAAAUUAGGACUAUUCUAGAUGGCCAGGAAAUAAACUUUUAAGCUGGUUCUUAAAAAUUAAUUUGUUCAGCAUCCGUAUUAAAUUGUUUUUAAUCUUUACUCUCAACAUGUUAGCACAUUUUCACUGUCCACGACAACAUUACAUGUUUUGUGUCUUCAAACUAGAUUUCGUGAAAUUCUUUCAUAUACCUUUCCACAAUAAUAUGUAAACCAAAUUUAAAGACUAUUAAAUUAAAUUAUAUAUUAAGCCACGCCCAUAUUUAUGCCAUUUAACAAAAUAAUAUUAAGAUGGUGUAUCGGUAUCAUCAAAUAAGUGUGAUAUGAUUCAUGUCUGGGCAUCGCCUUUGUUAACACUGGAAAGACGCGAUAAAUCUUGGAGAACUAAAACUUUACACUGAUGUCACUUACUGACAGCUAGAUAUAUAGUUAUAAAUAGUUGUUUCUUCAGUGUAGUCAAACGUAGGGGUGGGAUUGGUGAUGGCAAGUUGUAUUUUAACCUUAUUUAUUUUUUAAUUAUUUAUUUUUUAAUUGUUUUUUUCCCAAUUGUUUUGUUAAAACUGAGUUUCUGUGAAAAAGUCUUUUUAUAAUGUUGUAUGGAUACAAAUUACGACUCUGGAUUGUACGAUUGAUUGAUGGACCUUAGUUAUUAUAAUUAAUUCAUUAAUAAUAUUUUUCU